ACCAUAAGAUUGGGAUCCGACUAAAAAGCCUUUCUACUUCGUUCUUAGGCUGACUUAUCACUCAACUGGACAGAAACAGAUGUCGAAAAAGCAUCUUGUCAUCGAGGAAGGGCCCAAUGGCUCYGUUGCAAUGUCUGAAAUUUCUAAUGGGACCGAGCAAGUCGAGCUGGGCCACACUAAUCUAGCCGGCAUGGAUACCCCACAACGGCGAAGGAAACUCACCUCGAUAUCGAUGAAUAGCAGUGAAGGUAGUGAGGCUGAAGUCGCGGGUGAAGAGUCUGGAGACGACAGUGAUAAGAUAACGCCCAAGCGAAGCAAAGCACAGCAACUUAAAGACGCAAUUAUGUCUGGAGACAUUAGUGAAGUGGAGAAUUUAUUAAACCAAAAGAUUGAUGUCAAUCUAAGUGAUGGCUUUGGGCGUUCUCCUUUACAUAACGCCGUUCUGAAAGGCAUUCCUUCCAUUGUCGAUAUUCUUCUGAAAAGCGGAGCAGAUGUCAACAAGAAGGACGACCGAGAAGACUCAGCCGUCCAUUAUGCAGCACGAGUUGGUAAUCCACAAGUCUUGACGCUCAUUCUGUCAAACCCCGAAUGUGAUGUGAAUCUAAAGGGGAGUAGUUUAAACAGUCCUCUGCACAUUGCAGCAAGUCUCAAUAAACCGGAUCUUUGUCAGAUACUGUUAGAGUAUCAUGCCAAUCCAAAUAGCCAGGAAGAGAAUGGCAAAUCCCCACUUGGCCGAGCGGUUGAGAGUGGAGCAGCGAAUUCAGCCAAGUAUCUGUUUGAACAUAUGAAAGGUCUUGGUAUACCAUCUGAUACGAUAUUGUACAAUCAAGAUUUCGAUGGCACGACUCUUCUUCAUUUAGCUGUGGACAGUGGUUUCUCGCAGGUUGUUGAGCUGUGCCUGGAAAAUGGAGCUUUAAUAAGACAACCAAGGAGAAUCGACAGAACAACAGCAUUUCAUAUGGCGUGCGAACAAGGCUCUACGGCCAUCGUACAACUACUGGUUCAAUACGAUCCGAAGAUUUCCAAGAUUCUCCUUGUAAAUGCUGAAGGAAUUACACCACUACAUCAAGCAGCCUUGAGUAACAGUCAUGGGAUUGCUGAAAUUCUUAUUAAUAACGGUGCUGAUGUCAACGCUCGUACAAAUGAAAACAGAACUCCUCUGAUGUUCGCUGCAAAGCGUGGCGGUGUUGAUACCGUGAGACUUUUGCUGGAAAAAGGCGCCGAUCCAACACUAAAAGACAUUGAUGGUAGAACAGCAGUCUACGAUGCUAUAGGCUAUCCAAUGACAGCGGAAGUUAUACUGGAGGAUCCCAAACUUGAUCCAAUGUUAACAGAAAAGGAUCUCACUGGUUUUUCAGUGGCUCAUUACGCAGCAAAAAGCGGGGAUGCUAAGAGUAUGUCGCUGUUUCUUGAGCACAACAAGGCAGUUGGAAGUACAGUGUCUGAUCAGCUUGAUACGCCAUUACAUGUCGCAGCAAAGUAUGGAACUCACGAGGUUGUACGAGUAAUCCUAGAAAAGCAAGGUGGAAAAAUUAUCAAUGCUCAAAACAGUCGGAACAGAACAGCGCUGCAUCUUGCUUGCAGUGGUGGGCACUAUAAGGCGGCCAUUUUGCUUCUAGAUAAAGGUGCCACCAUUGAAAGAGAUCAAAAUAACCGGACGGCAUUACACGAGGCAGCGCAGAACGGCGCCAAGAAAGUGGUGGAGAAGGUGAUCUCCAAGCAUUCACAUUGCUUGAAUUACGUCGAUGAUGACAAGAACACAGCACUCCACUUGGCUGUAAAAAAUUGUCGUUCCGAAAUUAUCCAUCUGUUGUUGUCUUUACGGAAGCAAGAGAUACUGAAAAAUACAUCUAACCAGACCAUCCUGGACCUGGCCGUACAGUUGGAUGAUUCAGCAGGCGCUAUGGCCAUUGCUCAACAUGAUAGGUGGAGAGAAAUCUUGGAAUCAUGUACACAUGGCGUUACAAACAUGAUGAAAAAACUGUGUGUAAAAAUGCCUGAUGUUACUGAG